CCAUGGCGGCUGCGGACAGCUGCGUGAAGGUGGCCGUGAGGAUCCGUCCCCAGCUGUCCAAAGAGAAAAUAGAGGGAUGUCACAUCUGCACCUCAGUGACACCUGGAGAGCCCCAAGUGCUGUUGGGGAAGGACAAGGCCUUCACCUAUGACUUUGUCUUUGACCUGGACACAUGGCAGGAGCAGAUCUAUACAACGUGUGUUGGCAAGCUCAUUGAAGGCUGCUUUGAGGGCUACAAUGCAACUGUGCUGGCAUAUGGACAGACUGGUGCGGGGAAGACGUACACCAUGGGCACCGGCUUUGACGUGAACAUCUCCGAGGAAGAGCAGGGCAUCAUCCCACGGGCCAUCAGCCACCUCUUCAGCGGCAUUGAGGAGCGCAAGCGCGCGGCACAGAGUCAGGGCAGGGCGGCUCCGGAGUUCAAAGUCAGUGCCCAGUUCCUGGAGCUCUACAAUGAAGAGAUCCUGGACCUCUUUGACAGUGCCCGUGACCCUGACGUGCGCCAUCGCAAAUCGAACAUCAAAAUCCAUGAGGAUGCCAGUGGAAGCAUCUACACUACAGGGGUUACAUCACGCCUCAUCAACUCACAGGAUGAGUUGAUCCAGUGCCUAAAACAGGGAGCUCUUUCCCGCACCACGGCCAGCACACAGAUGAAUGUGCAGAGCUCCCGGUCCCACGCUAUCUUCACCAUUCACCUCUGCCAGAUGAGAGUGUGCGCCCGCCCAGAGCUGGUGAAUGGGGAGGUGACAAGCCUCCUGGAUGGAUCCCAGCCCACCACAGAGUAUGAGACCCUCACAGCCAAGUUUCACUUCGUGGACCUGGCUGGCUCAGAGAGGCUGAAGCGAACGGGUGCUACCGGCGAGAGGGCCAAGGAAGGCAUCUCCAUCAACUGUGGACUGCUGGCCCUGGGGAAUGUCAUUAGUGCCCUUGGAGACCAGAGCAAGAAGGUUGUGCAUGUGCCCUACCGUGACUCCAAGCUCACCCGUCUGCUGCAGGAUUCCCUUGGGGGCAACAGCCAAACCAUCAUGAUCGCGUGUGUGAGCCCCUCUGACCGGGACUUCAUGGAGACCCUGAACACGCUCAAGUACGCCAACCGGGCCCGCAACAUCAAGAACAAGGUGGUGGUGAACCAGGACAAGACAAGUCAGCAGAUCAGUGCCCUGAGGGCUGAGAUUGCCCGUCUGCAGAUGGAGCUGAUGGAGUACAAGGCAGGUAAGAGGGUCAUUGGAGAGGAUGGCUCAGAAGGCUACAGCGACCUGUUCCGUGAGAACGCCAUGCUGCAGAAGGAGAACAGCACCCUGCGCAUGCGGGUGAAGGCCAUGCAAGAGGCCAUUGAUGCCAUCAACAGCAGGGUCACCCACCUCAUGAGCCAGGAGGCCAACCUCAUGCUGGCUAGGGCAGGAGAUGGUAAUGAAGCUAUUGGCACCCUCAUCCAGAACUACAUCCGGGAGAUUGAAGAGCUGAGGACAAAGCUCCUGGAGAGUGAGUCCAUGAAUGAGUCCCUGCGUCGCAGCCUCUCACGCGUCUCUGCCCGGGUCCCUUACUCCAUGGGCUCAUCCCCAGGCUCCAGCCUGGCUGGGCUGUGUAGCCCUGCUGCACCAGUGGACACAGAGGCCUCCGAUGUCCUUCGGCGGGCCAAGCAGGACCUGGAGCGCCUCAAGAAGAAAGAAAGGAGGCAGCGGAGGAAGAGCCCAGAGAAGGAAGCAUUUAAGAAGAGGCAGAAACUGCAGCAGGACAAUGAGGAGGAAACAGAUGAGAAUGAGGUGGAAGAGGAGGAAGAGGAGCAGGAUGAGAGUGGCUGUGAGGAGGAGGAUGGACGUGAGGAUGAAGAUGAGGAUUCGGGCAGUGAAGAGAGCCUGGUGGACUCAGAUUCGGAUGCAGAAGAGAAGGCUGUGAACUUCCAGGCUGACCUGGCAGAUCUAACUUGUGAGAUAGAGAUCAAGCAGAAGCUGAUCGAUGAGCUAGAGAACAGCCAGCGGCGCCUGCAGACCCUCAAGCACCAGUACGAGGAGAAGCUGAUCCUGCUGCAGAACAAGAUUCGGGACACACAGCUGGAGCGGGACCGGGUCCUGCAGAACCUCAGUACUAUGGAGUGCUACACAGAGGAGAAAGCCAACAAGAUCAAAGCAGACUACGAGAAGCGUCUGAAGGAGAUGAACCGGGACCUGCAGAAGCUCCAGGCAGCCCAGAAGGAGCAUGCUCGCCUGCUCAAGAACCAGUCCCGCUACGAGCGGGAGCUGAGGAAGCUGCAGGCAGAGGUGACCGAGAUGAAGAAGGCAAAGGUGGCACUGAUGAAGCAGAUGCGGGAGGAGCAGCAGCGGAGGCGUCUGGCAGAGACAAAGAGGAAUCGGGAGAUAGCGCAGCUCAAGAAGGAGCAGCGGCGACAGGAGUUUCAAAUCCGGGCUCUGGAGUCUCAGAAGCGACAGCAGGAGAUAGUGCUGCGGAGGAAAACUCAGGAGGUCUCGGCACUGCGCCGCCUCGCUAAGCCCAUGUCUGACCGGGUGGCGGGCAGGACAAGCCAGAAGCCAGCCAUGCUGGACUCAGGCGUUGAAGUCUCGGCUAGCACCACAUCCUCUGAGCCAGAGUCUGGCGCUCGCUCCGUCUCCAGCAUCGUGCGCCAGUGGAACAGGAAAAUCAACAACUUCCUGGGAGACCCCUCGUCCCCUGCGAAUGGGGCUCGGCCCCCCAGGAAGAAGUUCCCCAAGAAGGGGACAAGUCAGACUUUCAGCAAAGCCGCCCGUCUCAAGUGGCAGUCGCUGGAGCGGCGCAUCUUUGACAUCGUCAUGCAGAGAAUGACCAUCGUUAACCUGGAGGCUGACAUGGAGCGGCUCAUCAAGAAACGCGAGGAGCUGACCCUGCUGCAGGAAGCGUUGCUGGGCAAGAGGUCAAAACUGCAGGCAGAGAACCCCAAGGGGCUGCAGGAGCUGAACGAGGAGAUAGAGGUGCUGGGGGCCAACAUUGACUACAUAAACGACAGCAUUUCUGACUGCCAGGCCACCAUCAUGCAGAUCGAGGAGACCAAGGAGGAGCUGGACUCCACGGACACCUCGGUGGUCAUCAGCUCCUGCUCCCUCGCUGAAGCCCGGCUCCUGCUGGACAACUUCCUGAAGGCCUCCAUCGACAAGGGCCUGCAGGUAGCGCAGAAGGAGGCCCAGAUCCGCCUGCUGGAGGGGCGGCUGCGACAGACGGACAUGGCGGGCUCCUCACAGAACCACGCCAUCCUGGACGCGCUGCGGGAGAAGGCCGAGUCACACCCUGAGCUGCAGGCCCUGAUCCACAACGUCCAGCAAGAGAAUGGCUACACAAGCACAGACGAGGAGGUCUCGGAGUUCAGCCUGGCUUCAGAUGGGAGCGUCUCUCAGUCUUUCACCAUGAAGGGUUCAGCAAGCCAGGAUGACUUCAAGUUCAAGGGAGAGCCCAAGCUCUCAGGGCAGAUGAAAGCAGUGUCAGCUGAGUGUCUAGGACCCACGCUGGAUGUCUCCACCAAGAACAUCACCAAGUCCCUGGCAUCCCUCAUGGAGAUCAAAGAGGAUGGGAUCAGCUUCUCUGUCAGAGACCCCUAUCACAAGGAGAAAGUGUCGCGCACCAUCAGCCUGCCCACACGAGGAAGCACCUUUCCCAGGCAGUCCCGUGGCUCGGACACUUCACCUCUGACCAGGAGGAAAUCCUAUGACCGUGGCCAGCCUGCCAGGCCUCCAGAUGUUGGCUUCACGCCUCCCUCAUCCCCACCCACCCGUCCACGCAACGACCGCAAUGUCUUCUCUCGUCUCACGAGCAACCAGAGCCAAGGGUCUGCCCUGGACAAGUCUGAUGACAGCGAUUCCUCUGUCUCGGAGGUGCUGAGGGGUGUCAUUAACCCAGUGGGUGGCACCAAGAAUGCCCGGACAGCCCCGCUGCAAUGCGUCUCCAUGGCAGAAGGACACACCAAGCCCGUGCUCUGCCUGGAUGCCACUGAUGAGCUGCUAUUCACUGGGUCCAAAGACCGAAGCUGCAAAAUGUGGAACCUGGUGACAGGCCAAGAAAUUGCUUCUCUCAAGGGUCACCCAAACAACGUGGUUUCCAUCAAGUACUGCAGCCACACGGGGCUGGUGUUCACUGUGUCUACGUCGUACAUCAAAGUGUGGGACAUCCGGGACUCAGCCCGCUGCAUCCGCACCCUCACAUCUUCUGGACAGGUGAUCUCUGGGGAUGCCUGUGCUGGGACCAGCACCCGCACGGUCACCAGUGUGCAGGGGGAGCACCAGAUCAACCAGAUUGCUCUGAACCCCACUGGCACCAUGCUCUAUGCCGCCACUGGGAACUCCGUCCGCAUCUGGGAGCUGAGCAGGUUGCAGCCCAUCGGGAAGCUGAGUGGCCACAUUGGGCCUGUGAUGUGUCUCACAGUAAACCAGACGGCGAGCAACCACGACCUGGUGGUCACAGGCUCCAAAGAUCACUAUAUCAAGGUAUUUGAGAUUGCUGAGGGUAUGGUGGGCAAUAUUGGCCCCACUCACAACUUUGAGCCCCCUCACUACGAUGGCAUUGAGUGCCUGGCCAUCCAGGGAGACAUCCUCUUCAGCGGCUCCAGGGACAAUGGCAUAAAGAAGUGGGAUCUGGAGCAGCAGGAACUUAUCCAGCAAAUCCCGAAUGCCCACAAAGACUGGGUGUGUGCCCUGGCCUUCAUUCCCGGGCGCCCCAUGGUGCUGAGCGCUUGCCGAGGAGGCAUGAUCAAAGUGUGGAACGUGGACACCUUCACCCCCGUUGGGGAGAUCAAGGGCCACGACAGCCCCAUCAACGCCAUCUGCACCAACUCAAAGCACAUCUUCACUGCCUCCAGUGACUUGACAGUGAAGCUCUGGAGCGGGAGGAGGUUACCCGCAGGGUCCAACUAGGAGCUGCAAAGACUGGAGGACAUGACAGGAGGGUGAAGGUUGGGGUACCUCUCCCUCACUAUCAGGACCUGAUCAUCUCUAGGAGCUCAGUCGAGGGAUAGGGAUUUCUUUGUGCAUGACCCAGUGGGGUGGAUGAUGUCCCAUCUGGUACUUUGACCACUACUAGCUCCUGUGAGAAGGCAGCUCUACAGGGCAUCAUCAGCUCCACCUUCCCUUCUGUUGAGGUUUCCUGAUGGUUUUCCAGUGACCAGGAAGUGUUUCAGCUCUUUUCUCACCCACCCUUCUGUAAUGCCUGAUGAAAAUUGUGGGCAUCAGAGCUCCUUGGCUCAUUCUGAGACACCCCCUUGCCUCCAUGGGCUUUUGUGGCUUCCACAAUGAUGUGCUGCUUCUGUCCCUGUUGGCCCUGCAGCUGGUUCCUGCAGGAGCGUCUCCACUCCACAGCCAGAAGGACAUUUGGCAUCUGCUGGCCAGGACCACAGCAUAGAGGGGCUGUCUUUGGAGCCGUUACUUGUGGGACAGCCUCUCUGCUGCAGGCAGUCUGGAGAAGGAUUUCCAGGUAGUCCCAUCAUUCCACAUCCUCCAUCUACCUGUUCCCAGCAGUUGGAGGUGGGCACCUCUGAAUUGCUUUGCCAUGUCCCAGCUCUGGAUGUACAGCAAGCCUGGGAACAUCUCCAUCAGUCAACUUACAGACAAACCUGCUGCAGUUCCCUUUGAUGUUCUCUAAACUCCAGUUAUAACUCAGCUCUUGCCCUUGUGCUCUGCAGUGGGGAAAGGCUGCUUAACCCUGCUCUUGACAACCUGGCCCUCAGUAGGGCUUCUGUGGAGGGUUCCUGCAGCAUGCUGACCCCCUUGAGAUAGAGAAACAAAGCAAGAACAGAGGUUACAGGGCAAAGAAGCCAAGGCUGGAUUCAUCACCAUCAUCCCUGUGAUUCGUCUUAUUCCGGAAGCUGUAAAUCCUUCCUCCAGGCUCUGCUCUCAGUCCUCUACCUGGGAAGGACUUAGCUAAGGUUUGGCCCAUUGGCCCCAUGGAUCUGGGAGCCAGAGAAAGCCAAGCCAAGGCAUGGAGCAGCCGGAGGAUGGGCCAGGUUGGCCUCAGCUGUGCCAGAAGCAGGGUGAGGAAGGGGCUGCACACACUCAUCUCGCACAAGUCCCCUGAUUCACCCCAUGCUUGAAGGACAAUCCUGCAGUGGAUGAUCUUGCACAGUCCAAUCUCCAUGAAAAGCUGGGGACUGUUCAGGACUCUUUCCCAAGGGAUGCAGCUCCCUCCUCCUCUGGCUCCAGGGCAUGCAAGGCCCUGGUCUCACACUGGAGUUUUUCUCCAUCAGUCCUGUUGGAUCAUCUCCUGCUCUGUCCAGACCUGGGCCAAGCAGGGCUUCUCCUGGCAUGGCCAAGGAGAACCUGGUGUUCUCUGUCACAGAAGAAGCACUGUUUGAACUCACGUUUAAAGAUUUCUUCAUGAGACCCCACCAGCAAUGAACUGGGAUCUCAGAGGCCACAGGGGGUUCAGGACCUGCCCCACAGACCAUUUUCUCUCUGCUUUUUCCAACCAUGGUGACUCUUGGACCACUCCCAGCUCAUUUUGGGGGAAAACCCCAUCCUAUUGGUUUGCCUUUGUGGUGGGUGUGAUGCGUGUGUGUGUGUGUGUGACCCUACCCAGUUCAGUGAGCAGUCCCUGGUGAUCAUGUCUGAGCCCUGCAUUGAGGUGAGGAGCCCUCCUGCCAUGGCUGAUGGAGAAGUGAGAGUAAGGCACAGACAUGGGGCCUCAGGACGUGUCACCCUCCUUGGAAAGGUUUUCCCUGUUCACUCCUGAGCUGGCUGAAGCUUUGCUUGGUUGGAAUGGGUGGUGUGGAUGUGUGUAUUUGGACAGAGAUGUGUAUCUGAGUGUCUGUAACUGGGUGUACCAUAUGCAUCAAUGUCUGCACCAAGAUCUGCCAGUGCCUGAUGUGGAACCUCUCACUGCUCCCUGCUGAAGUCGAUGAAGGAACCUGCUCCUGGGGGACUCUUGGAGUCAGACCUUUCCUUUCUCCACCAGUUUCUUCUUGUGUGUAGGCUGCAAGUGCCUGCUUUAUUUCCCACAGCUGAGUGCUCAAUCCUGCCUGAUGCUGAGUAUCCACCUCGCUGCUAUGUCCAGUAGCACAUUGAGGGGACCUCAAGGCUUUUGCAGCCUGCAGAUGCUGCAUCACAGCAGCAAGUGACUGGAUAGGGGGUCUCUGAAGAGAGGGGUAACUGUGAUCCUAUAGCUGUGUGUGUGUGUGUGUGUUUUAGUAUCUGUGUGGGUUGGUAUUUCCCAUGCACAAGAGCAUUUCUUGGGUGUUGAUCUGGUUUAGCUACCUCACGGUGCAAGCUGGGUGCUGUUGUCACUUGGGUUUAUGUUGGGAAUGGGGUGGGGAGUAUGUGUGCUGUUAGGGUUUUUCUUCUCUUAAUUAUUGUUAUGGUUUUUCACACUUGAAUUCAUGCUGGGGACACAUGGCCUCACUCCCACCUCACUGUAUGUCUGAACUGCCCCUCAUACAGCAGGAUUCCCCCCAGCUGAGUCACAACACUGAGGUUUGCUCCUGUGGCUGGUGGAGUGCUUGGGCUGUGCCUCAGCUUUGUUGCUAUUACUGUGUUGAUUUGCAGAGUGGAAGUGGUCCCUCUUGUACCCCUGCAGGAUGGAAAGGGACCUCUGAAAGGCUCAGCUCAAUCUGGAUUCCUGCCUCUAUUCUAAGAGGGUGCAGUGAAGCCCUUCUUGUGUUCAGAAUGUCCAUGCAAAGCACAUCACUGGAAUUAACUGGUCCCCAUUUUUGAGAGCCUGCAGCCUGGAGCAGCGGGGAACUGGUCCUGUAAAAGCCUCUGUCCAGGUCUGUGAAAGAACAUCAUUCUCAUGUAUGAUGUUUCAUUAUUUUACCCCCAAACUAUAGCUGAAUCUAGAUCCAGUCCCAGACACUGAACAUAAACCAGGGUAAACCUGGAGCCCCAGAUUCCCCACUGCCUGGGGCUGGGAAGCUGGCACAGGGUUGUAUUCUGCUUUCCUGGCACAAGGGGGUUUGGAAAGCGGCUCACAGCUCUGAGCCACACUCUGAGCCAGUUUAGGUGGGGCAAGUUCCCCCAAACACUAAAGCACAAUGUCCCAACAUGCAGGUGGUCGAGCAAGGGUGCCCCUGGGACACUGGUCCUUCAGAGCCAUGGGCUUAGACAGCCAAGGUGGAGGUGGGCUCAGGUGAGGGCUCUCUGUGUGCUGGAGGAGGGAGGUGAGUUGUGUCAUCCUUUGCACUGUGCUGGGGAGCUCCUCUGGGGCUCAGGACUUGCACAGCUUAAGUACCUUCUUGUGGCUUCUGAAUCCCUCUGCCAUUGCAGGGACAGUCUCAAGCUGCCUUUGCACCAUGCACCUCAUUUUGCUUUGCCCUUGGGUGCAUUGGUUUGAUACCUGCACUCCAGAGAGGUCCUUCCUUCCUCAGAUUACUGGGUGCUGCAUUUGUACCUGGGGCCUGACUCUUGCCCCAUGGGUCUUCCCCCUCCAGCACACAGGGGCCAGCUCCUGCUCAGAGAUGAGCUUUGCACACAAGGGUCCCCAAACCACUCUGAACCCACCAGGAAGCCUGGGCACUGCCCUGUCCCUGGCACUUGCAGCUCUUGUGGCACAAAAGGACACCCUGGUGCUGCAUCUCCCAGCCUGGCCAGCUGUGAGGAGCUGGGCUCUGGGGUCCUGUCCCCUCCUUCUUCUUCCCCAGCACCUCUAAGCACAGCUGAUUUAAAGCUGAUUCUGCCUCCUGCCUUGGUGCUGCAGAACCAGUGCCUGCUCCCCAGGGUGCUCCCCCAGUGCCCCUAUCCCUGUCUUUCUUCCCUUGUCCCAUAUGGGACAGGGUGCAGGUACAAUCUCUGUAGAGCAUAGAGCUCCCACUUGCUUUUCAGCAAGCUCACAGCCUAGAGGCUGCAACACCCUCCCUGAGCCCCCUCCUUCCUGGGAAGGGAACUCCUGGCCCUCCUCGUGUUCCAGCUGGAAGUGGGAGGGAGCCCAGCACAGCCCCAAUCCCAGGCCCUGGUCUGGCUUCCUGGGGCUCACCCCUAGAAAAGCACAGCCCUGUGCCUUCCUCCUGCCCAGGGGGGCUUUUCCCUUCAUCCAUAACAGCUCUGCCUGGUACCUGCCAGCUCUUCCACAUGCCCUGGGGCCUGCACCCUCCAGUCCAGUCCUGGGGACGGCUCAGGCAGCGGCAGCAUCACGUCACCUGCUCAUUCACCCCUUCAUGCUGCAGAAGCAUUGCAAAUAGCAGGUGCCUUCUCUUGCUCAGAGCUGUUUUCUAGAGGCCAACUCUUGUGAAGGUGUGUUUUUUGUCUCUGCUGGGUCAUGCAGCCCAGCCCAGCAGUCUGGGUAUGUCAGAGGACAAGGCAUGUACAUAUAUUUUAUACCUCUGUGUUCCUGUAAAUAGUGUAAGUUAUUUUGGUCUCAUGAUGUACAUGUUUUUACACUGGUUGUGGUUGGUCUUUGCCUUUUUGUCCUCACAAAUAUAAUGUACUGAGAUGAA